AUGCUUUUCACAGGCUCCUCCUUGUCUCCUUGCUUUGACUUUCGCACCUCCUGCAAGCUGCCAUCCUCUGUUGGCAUUUGCAUGUUGGUGUAGCACUUGCAAGGGAGGAAAACCUCACUUCAUCUCCCAGGAGGGAUACGGGGUGUUAUGGGAACUGAGCACUCGAAGAACGAGGGGCGAAGAAGCAUGAUUUUUCUGAGGAAAGGUCCAAAGCUGUGUGCUUGUGAUGUCAGCUUGAGCCUCAUAAUGAAAGGGAUGACCAGCACACCGGACUUCUUGUGGGGACUGCCCGAGGUGCAGAAGCUGAACCUUUCAUGCAACCAGCUGGUGGUGAUUCCUCCUUCACUGGGGAAACUGGACAGACUGGUAGUGCUGAACUUGGGUGGCAACUGCCUCAAGUGUCUGCCUAAAGAGAUCGGGCUGCUGAGGAACCUGAAGGUCUUGUUCAUCAAUAUGAACCGCCUGACAGAGGUGCCAGCGGAGCUCAGCUUGUGCAGGAAGCUGGAGGUUUUGAGCCUCUCACACAACUGCGUCUCGCAAUUGCCUUUGAGCUUCACCGACCUGACAAGCUUGAGGAAACUGAACCUCAGCAACAACCGCUUUGUGCAGAUUCCCCUCUGCAUUUUCACACUGAGGAGCUUAGACUUCUUGCACCUGGGGUCCAACAGGCUUGAAAACAUCGCAGAGAGUGUCCAGUAUCUGGUCAAUCUGCAAAUCUUUAUUGCAGAGAAUAACAACAUACGCACCCUGCCACGGUCUCUCUGCUUUGUCACCACUCUGGAGUUACUAAAUGUCGAUUACAACGCCAUACAGACUCUCCCGGACAACCUCUACCUGCUGCACCGGCUGCCACGCAUCGCCUGGAACCCGAUGGACAAAGGCCUCCACAUCGCCCACAACCCCCUGUCCCGGCCCUUGCCCGAGAUCGUCGAAGGGGGGCUGGACGUCCUCUUCAACUACCUCAGGGAGAAAAAGGAGCACAACUGA